AGAGGCCAUAAACAUGGAAAAGCCUCAGUGCAGAGCAAAUUUUUGCAUAUUUAUUGACUGUUGUUCUGUAUAAAGUAUGAUGACAAACGCAGUAUGUAGGCGAGUUUUACAAUGAAUGUAUACUGCUUCAGAGAAGUAUCCAAAGUUAUAAAAUUAGAGCCGCUCAAACGUUUAAGCGUCCAGCCAGCAAGUGACAGCAUAGUCAACAGGAACGUUGAAAGGCCGAGCGUGUUGAAAGGGUCAACUUUGUUGAUUUAAGCCCGCAAACCCCAGCAUGAGAUGGAUUAUUAGAAGUGAUACUGGUUUUAUGACAUCACAGUUAUGAGUAAAAGUAAGCAGACGACCCUUUUCCAAAGCUGGGGCAAUAAAGGUGAAGGGGCAAGGCCAAGAGUUUCCUCACAGAAGCCCAGCACCAGUUCUGGUAUCAGUGGCAGUGCUAGUACCAGUGGGGCAAAGAGAACCAUUACUGGAGAUCCUGUUGAUACAGUGGAACUCUUAGACAGUGAAGAUGAAGAAGACAUGUUACUGGCCAUGGCCAUGGAACAGAGCUUGAAGGAAAUACAACCAGGACAAGAUUUGGCAGACCCAAAACCCACAUGCAUAAACCCUUUGCCCGCUUGUGGUAAUAUUACUAAUAUUGCUAUUUCUAGUGCAAAUGAUGACCAUGCUUCGCACACAGAUGUGGCCAGGACUGACAUCAAUAAUACCUCAAUUGAAGAGAUACCUGGUUUUGACAUGUCAGCUGGCAGGCUCUGGAUCUACCCCACCAACUACCCUGUACGCACAUACCAGUACGAUAUCGUCCAGCAAUGUCUGUAUAAAAACACCCUUGUAGCUCUGCCUACUGGCCUGGGCAAGACCUUCAUUGCUGCUGUGGUGAUGUAUAACUUUUACCGGUGGUACCCUGAGGGGAAGAUAGUGUUCAUGGCCCCCACCAAACCUCUGGUAGCUCAGCAGAUAGAGGCAUGUUAUAAUAUCAUGGGAAUACCUCAAACUGAUACUGCUGUUAUGACAGGUGCAAUGCUUCCUCCAGAGAGACUUCGAGCAUGGAGCCAGAAGCGUGUAUUCUAUCUGACCCCACAGGUGAUGACAAAUGACCUGAGCCGAGGCGCCUUUCCUGCUGAAGACAUCAAAUGUUUGGUUGUAGACGAGGCUCACAAAGCUCUUGGAAACCAUGCAUACUGCCAGGUGGUGAGAGAGCUUGUAAAGUAUUCCAGGGAUUUCCGUGUUCUAGCCCUAAGUGCCACACCAGGGAGUGAUCUCAAGGCAGUGCAGCAGGUGCUGACCAACCUGCUUGUGUCUCACAUAGAGCUGAGAACAGAGGACAGUGCAGAUAUCAAGGCAUAUGCACAUGACAGAAAGGUGGAGAAAAUUGUGGUAAAGCUGGGAGCUGAGUUGGAUGCUGUGAAGACUAAAUACAUGCAGAUACUGAGUGUUGUGGUUGGCAAGCUGGUAAAACUGAGAGUUUUGUAUAACAGGGAGCCAACAAGUUUGUCAAAGUUCCUGAUUUUAAAAGCAAGGGAGCAGUUCAGACAGGACCCACCUCAACAUUUACAAAGACAUCAGUAUGGCAUUGUUGAGGGAGACUUUGCAAUGUGUAUGAGCUUAUAUCACGGCUUUGAGCUCCUGCAGCAGCAUGGACUGAGGUCUCUGCACCAGUUCCUGAAGAGUAUUGUCAGUGGAGAAAAGGGACAUGGCAGAACUCGCAGUGAGCUGAUGAGGAACCAAGACUUCAACGCCAUAAUGGAGAUGCUGGAGGAAAAGUUUGAACCUAAGGCUAACCAUGUCACCCAGUCUGGUCCCAGCCAAUCAGGACUUGACCCUGCCUUUGUAUCAGGACACCCCAAACUGGAGAAGUUACAGGAAGUUGUACUGGAACACUUUAAGAAAUUUCAGAAUGACAGCACUGCCACACGCAUCAUGAUAUUCUCCCAGUACAGAGACAGUGUGAAAGAGAUCAAUGACAUGCUGGAGAGACACAGGCCACUGGUGAGAGUGAUGAGCUUCAUAGGACAGUCAUCAGCUGGGAAAGCUACCAAAGGGUUUUCACAAAAAGAACAACUUAGGGUAAUGAAGCAGUUCCGAGAUGGAGGGUACAACACCCUGGUGUCCACAUGUGUUGGUGAGGAAGGUUUAGACAUUGGGGACGUGGAUCUUAUCAUCUGUUUUGAUGCUCACAAGAGUCCCAUACGCCUCAUACAGAGGAUGGGGAGAACUGGCCGCAAGCGGGAGGGACGGAUUGUCAUGCUUGUGACGGAAGGAAAGGAAGAAAAUAUUUACAACCAGAGCCAAUAUAGUAAGCGCAGUAUCCACAAAGCCAUUAUGAACGGUGCCAAGACCCUUAAGUUUUACCCCCACAGUCCCCGCAUGGUCCCCAGGGGUGUGAAGCCCCAGUGCCACAAGAUGCACAUCACUGUCAGCAAGACAUUCAAUAAAAGUAGCAAGGGAAGGAGAGAGAGCAGUGGUGGUGGGCAGAAGAAAGUUACAGGAAUGCUGGGAGGUUUAGUGAAGAAGACCUCUAAAGAUGGUGGGCUUACAGAUGAAGAACUUUCCUAUUGGUCAGCUCAUUACAAGCUGCCAGACAGUGAAACACCAGUCAUUCCUACCUCUGGAUUUCUUACUUUACCUGGAUGCAGGGCACAGACGGAGAAGGGCCUAUCAGAGAAAAGGUCCUUGUCCCUGUCAGAGUGGAUCCCAUGGCAGAAUAGGAAGCAGCAUAGUCAUCUCACUGGCCAUUCAUCAUCCACAGAAGACUUCGUGGAGCUGAUGCAGUUUUGUGAACUACAAGCCACUUUAGGAGAUGAAGACGUCUAUGGAUUGGAAAUGGAGACUUACCUGAAUGAAGAUGACAUCCUGAAAGAACCUAAUGACCAGAACACUGGCAUACUGAAGUUUUGUGCUUCAGUGACAGCACAGAAGACGGGCAAUAAAAAGGUCCAGGGUGACCAGAUGAAAUCAAAGCGACGCAGUGAAAAUCUGCCUGUGUUCAGCUCUCAGACUGAGUCAGACAGCGAAAGUGAUCUUCCAGGAUUUAGUGCAAAACAAAUUAAUGUGCUGGUUGACGUGAACAUGGAGGACGAAAUGGUGGACCAAAAUGACAAAAAUCUGCCAAAACAGUCAUCCUCUGGAGCCAAAGAGGCUGACAACAUUUCCAAGAGGGAUGAAAAAUGCAAAGAAAGGGGAAACAAGAAAUCAACAGUGUCUGCCCAGAAGGGUUCCCUUGUGAAGGAAGUGCCUCAUUGUUCCAAAAGGACAGGAAGCAUUGAGGGAGAAGCACCUGCAAAGAGGAAGAAAAAAAAGAGGAAAUCAGUUGAAACUGUUUCAGUGAUAACUGCCAUUAAUGGUGGUGACAGGGAAGAUUUCAUUGAAGAUGUACAUCAGACAAAUAUCCAAGUAAAUGUUGAUUGUAAAAAAGGAGACAUUCAUAAGAAUCAUGAUGUUGAAAUUGAACCAGAGAUGCACUCUGUCCAGUCUGAAAAUGAAAUUAAUAUUGAUCAUGACACCAAUAAAGAAGAGUCUGGUGUAAAUACUGAAGAGGAAAAUGACACUGCUGACUUAUUCCCAUUUUAUUUCUCUCAGAAGUGUUUCACAAAUCCAAAAACUGUUUUGCAUAAGGAUUCCAACUUGAAAUCUGAGUCAAAGGUGAAACCCGCUCCUUCUCUGGCUGAGAUGAGGGAAAUGUUCUCUCACAUGGACCACAAGGAACAGUUGUCUCCUGUAGAUGUACUGGAGCUGAUAGAUCAGUGGGAGAGGGAGAAAGUAGAGGUAACAGAAUCAGAUCUACCAGGUGUGAUGGAGGAGAGGGAAGAUGACUGGAGCAAUGCAUGGGAUAAAAAAGUAGACUGUAAGUCUCCAUUGCUUGUAGGAAAAACAGCUUCUGCAGAAUCCAGUAAACAACCUAUUAGACCUUCAGAAUCACAAGAGCACAGGGGACUGCAAAUGAGUUCUGUUUCAGACAAAAAUACUAAAAUCUCAGAACCAGAGUUUGAUCUCAGAAUUCCCAGUGACUGGUCACAUGAGUUGCCAUCAGAAAAUGAUAAUGGUUUCAACCCGACCAAGAUUUCCAAUUCUGAACUUAAAAAUGAAAUAUCAGAACCACUGAGUAACAUAUCUGAAGUUAAAACUAAAAUACUUGACUCUGAAGCUAAGAGUAAGUUUUCUGAUUUUAAGUCUGUUCUGGAUGUAAACAGAGACUGUUGGGAAGGUCUACCCCAAGAGGAAACUGCUGACUUUGAUCUCAGUGUUUGUGAUCUAUUUACUGAUGAAACUGAUGUUAAUGUCACUGACCAGAAAUGUGACAAUAAUUUGGGCAAAAUUGAACACAGGAAAAACAGUAUUUGUAAACCUUCAUUACUAAAGAAAAAGUCCAGUUCUCAUUUUCAGCAGAAAUUUGUAAAUGACCUGGAAUUUAACAAAGAAGGUGAUAAUUCAAACAGUAUGGACUUCUCAAAUAAUCUACUAUGUCUGACCACUAAUGUUAACCAUGCAAAAGCAAGUUCUGAACAAAGUGCCAGUGGAAGUUUAGAAAGUGCUCUAAAACCACAGUCUUGUUCUACUGCCACUGUGGACAGGAAGGACAAAAAGCAAGAGGACGCUACAAAUAGUUUGAUAGAUAACAAAUUAUUAUCACCAGAUAUUUCAGUCAAGGCACCUCAUUUUUCAUGUGACGGGCAGGCAAGCAGAACAAGCACCCCAAUUGUUAUUAACAAAUUUGUGACCAGAGUGAAACAAAAUAGCAGUUGUGCACCAGGCACUCCACUAAAAGAAGACCAGCAAGCUAACUUGUAUCAUGCUUCUUUCAAUGAUGAUGAGGAUGAUCUCUUGGCUGCUGUGUGUACACCAACUCAUCAUUCCAAAUCACACAAUGCCACUACCUCACAGUUCACUUUCACACAGGCCUUGAAGGCAGUGGAUGACAGUUUUGAGGUUGGAGGACACCAGAGCAUAGGUAACCAUGGGGAGGAAGGUAACAAAACUAGACUUGUUAAUGAUUUACAUUGUGUUGUCCAAAAAGAUGAGAAAUGGGCACUUAAAGAUGUUGAACCCAAAGUUAAUUUCACUGAUAAAGAGAACGUGGAUGAUUUGGAACCUUCAGAACCCCAGUUUGAUCUUGGGUUUGAUAUGCUGGAUGAUUCAGACCUUGAUGACGACGAUGUUAUUCCACCAUCACCAGAACAUUUGGUACAGACAUUGCAGUCAAGUAUGGCUACCAGGCUUGGAAAGGGCUUCCCUACUGGUCUCAGUAGUCAACAUUUUGGUACAGCAGUCAAGAACUUAGCUGAAAAAACUGUUGAAACAAAGAAUAUUGAUGAACAUUUUAAAAGAGGUGAUCAUGAGAUUGUUUCCCAAGAAUUGCUUCCAUCAUCACAAAAAUAUAGCAGUACUAUAAUGAAACGGGAUUCAAAAGUAGAUUUUUCCCAGGAGCCAUGCAAGAGAUCUAAAUUUUCACUUAAAAGAAAGAGUCGUAGCCUGGAGAAAGCUGAUCCAUCUUGUCUGGUGGCGCCAUCUUCCAGUCCUGCAGCAGACAUAGUCUUCGGUCCCCCAGUGGCAGUGGUAUCCCCACAGAGCCAUUUGGUGAAAUCCUCUUCAGAUUCAGAAGAAGAAAUUAUUGUAAGGACAAAAAGGAAGAAAGUGCUGAUGAUCCAGUCCCAAGAAGUCAAGUCAGAUACUGAGUGGAGUCCUAGUCCUCCCAAAAGGAAGCAUUUCCCAAGUAGAAGCAAGAUCUGUGAUGCAGUGACUGAUGAAGAAUCUCCAGUGGUCAAGCGGUCAGGCAGUAAGCCCAAUAAGCUGGCAUUUUUGUCCAGCUCAACUGAUGUAGAUGAUGAUGAUGAUUUCCAAGAUACAAAAGAAAAAUUUAAGAAACCAGAAAAUAUUCCAGUAAAGUCAGGAAAGAAGAAACACAAAAAAAAAAUCCAGUCAGCAGCCAAAGGUUUCCUGGAUGAGGAAGCAGUCCUCAGUGAUGAGGAGGCAGAACAUGUGUCCAGUGAUGAGGAUGUAGAGGAGGAGGACUGCUAUGAUCGAAGUUUUAUAAACGAUGCCUCCCAGUGUACCCAGGCUCCUUGCAAUGAUUCAGUUGAUAUGCAUGCUGUGUAUCUCAAGUCUGUACGUAGUCCUACACUGGGCAGAUACAAGCUGAAGUAUGACCACAGCCCUGAUAUCAAUGUCUACUCACAGAUGCCAGCAAAGGAAGAAGAGGAGUCACAAUACAUGGAGGACAGCUUCUGUGUUGGAAGUGAUUUUGAAGACACAGCCUUGACAGAGGAAGAUUCUUUUCUCCUGAAUGAUGAUGCAACUGAAAAGGAAAGGACCACAAAAAGGGGUACAAAAACCUCAAAGGAUAAUGUUGGAAGAGUCACUGUCCCAAAACGGCGGAGAGUGAUGCAGUUGGACAUAAGUUCCAGUGAUGAAGAGGAGGUUAAUGCUCCAAAAGAAGAUCAGAUUGAGGCAAUGACUUCAUAUAGGACACAUGCGGAAAAUGCAAAUAAAUCACCAUUUAAACCACACAUCCCUAUAGUAACAAGGGUUCAUACAUUUUCUGAAAAUGAGAAAAUGAAAGCACAUGAUGUUUUUAAAACACCAAGUUUGCUGGAAAGAUGCCAGCAGAGAAGACAGACAUACCAUGUUGGUAAGGAAACAGUCUCAUCGUUGACUUCAAGACAGUCCAAAGCUUUAACAGACUCGAUUUUAGGUACAGCUAGCACAGGUAGUACAUCAACUGCAGAUACAUUUACAGCAAACUGUCAGUCUGCAGUUGACAAAGCAAGGCAAGAGAGGCUAAGAAAGCAGAAGGAAAAACAACAAGAGUUUCAGAGAAAAUUGGCAGAGAAAAGAAAGCAGCAGGCAGCCAUGUCUAGUUUUGAUGAUUCUGAGACCAGUGGGACACGUCCUCCAGAUAAAUCUGACCCAGGAGUAAGUUUGUCUUAUCCCAAGGAGUCCGAUACAAUAAACAGCAUAUCAUCUCCUCCUCCUCAGGAAAGGAGUCCUUUUCAACUGGUCACAAGUCCUGGGUGUAAGAAGAGACCACCUGGCAAGCUUAUCAUAAUUGUGGAUUCUAAGGAAAUCAGUGGCGCCCAGGACUUGGUCUCAGACUUGCGCCUUAAGCACAAUGUCCAUGCAGUGGUGAGGCAACUCCAGGGCUGUGACUAUGUGGUCAGUAACAGGAUGGGGGUGGAGAGGAGAACCUGGUCUGACUUUGGCAAUGGAGCCCACAGAGCCAAGUUGGUAGAGCGGGUCAAGCGGCUGACCACUCUGUAUGAUAGACCAGUGGUCAUCCUGGAGAAGGACAGGGUUAAAACUGGGGAAGAGAAGAUGUCUAAAUCUUUCAUUCACAGUAAAUAUUUUGACAGCAUGCUUGCUUAUCUGGCCCAGACACAUAUCAAGGUCCUUUUCAGUGAAUCACAAGCGGAAUCUGCAGAACUGUUAGCCCUGCUCUCACAGCAAGAAGGCAAGAAAGAGAUGAGUAUUACUGCACCUACUGACCUCAGCAGACAACAAGAACAACUGCUGAAAUUGUAUCUCUCACUGCCUGCUGUAAACUAUGUUGAGGCUCUCAACUUGUGCCAUGGCUUCAAAAGCUUCACUGAACUUGUUAAUAGCUCCAUCAUAAGUAUCCAGUGGAAAGGGAAGAUGUCAGCCGACAAGGCUGCCCAAGUAUAUCAUUAUUUACACCACCAUUUUGACCUACAGAUGACAAGCAAGUGAUCACUUGACUAAAAUGGAAGUCAACUGGGGAAUUGUUAACUAAUCUGAAUGUAAAAAUACAUAAUCAGACCUUUCUUGUGGCACUUUAAAAUCAUGGUAUCAUUAUACAUAUCAACUUCGCAGUAAGUGCUGAAAAUAGUGUGAGGUUACAUGUAUCUUAAUACACCAGGUUAAUGUUUCAAUUGAUACAAGAACAUUUCCUCACAUAGGGUUUGCCUCUGUAAGAGGUGUAUUGCAUUUAUUGCCCAGUAGAGAACAUUGAAGAAGAAAUUAUUUCAGUAUAUUUGGAGACCUAAGAUCUCCAUAUGGCUGACUAUAAAUUUAAAAAGAAUAUUUGCAUGACUUUCUUACAUAUUCAUUGUGCAAUAAAUCAACUGGUGCUAUGUCAAGUCAAUAAAUAUA